AGAACGAAAGUUAUUACAGAAAAAGUCGCGGUUACAAAUUUCUCGAGUUAACGUUCUCUUCCAUUCAAUUAUAAUUCACCAACUCUUUGACCGUUCUAACUAGAUGAAACUACUGCGUUUAUUGUUGUAUGUUUUGUUAUUUGUGUCAAAACUUGAGUACCGUUCACGGCAACUGUUGAAACUGGGAAAACUGCCAUGAUUCACAACAUGCUUCGCAAUAGCUACUCCACGAUUCGAUAGUGAAGAGGAAGAAUUGUGGGGAGGUCAACGCUUCGGAUAGGAUCCUUAUAGUUGCAGUGUGCCCUAAUUUUCGUACUCGUGGUGACAAGACGGGUGAGUCAUAAGAGAAGCGGAAGUCGGGCUUUACAGUCGACACUUCCGCAUGCUAGAAUGGCGACUUAUAACAACGCGCAUUGGCUACUGUCGCAUAUUCGCAAUUCAUUCAUUUCGACAGAUGACACCGGAUUAAGUGAGACGGUUAUGAUGUUGGAAGAUAUUCCCGCUCAGUACGCACAGCUGCACAAGCAAGCACUAGCUAAUCAGUCUGUAGGUCUAGGCACUGCAAAAAGCUACGAAGAUUUUUAUUGCUACCCAGGUUUAGAUGAUUCAGACGAGGAGGAAAUUGAUUCUAUGUCGCAAUCGUACGAGAUUCAAAUGGAUCAAGAGGUUGGUUUUCAACGGCAACGUUCGAAUACUGCACAGAAGCUAGAACGGUUGGAAAUAGCUAGAAGGAAAGCAGCAAGAAUAAAAAACGUCAAAUAUGAAACUACUGUGCAGAGGCCAGACGAAGCAGAUGACGAAUUGUUUGUACGAAAGACAGUUAGCAAAGAAUCCAACGAGGAAAGAAAGUCAAUGCUAACAACUCAGUUGGAAACCUAUCCAAAAAUGCCACAAAAUAAAUUUCUCGAGUAUGCCAAAUUUGACGGAACCUCACAAACGGAAGUACUUACGAAGACUUUCAAAAUAUUCCUAAUCAUGAUGCCGGAGGAAGAUCAAAGAUCUUUUCCGAUGCAAGUUUGCGUUACCGCCACUGCCAAAAUUCAGGAUGUUAUCGGUUUAAUUUGCUACAAAUGUAGUAUAGCAUAUCCGGGAAUAAGUUUGCGAUCCGUCCGGCAUUACGGGUUAUUUAUGACGGAGGAGGAUGGAGAAAUCGAUUUAGAUUUUCCUCCGUUGGACGUGAGGGAACCAUGCUCAAAAUUUUGCUUUACCCAUCUAGCGAUUGCAGAAAGAAAACCGUCUGAGCUUCAAACUCAGUCCAGUCUCAGUUACUCAUCGACGACUAGAUUGGAGCACAGAACGCGCUCAUUGACAUCAGAGGAGGCGGAUGCAAGUUUCCAUACAGUUUCCCGUGUAGAUGAAACAUCAGUCAGAGAGGCUAAAAUGAUGACUCUUCAGCAAAAAAAGGAUCUGGACAAAAUGCAAGGACACACAUCCAAACUAGAGGCUCCCCUUUAUCGAUCUUUUUCUGUGUUUAUAAUUCACAAAGCCCGCCCGAAAACGGAAGUGAAUCUUGGUAUAUCGGGCGAUAAACUUGAAAUCGAUCCACUGCAACAUAAGUCUACUAUGUUCUGGCAUCGCCAGAAACCGGCAAACCAUAGCAUGGAUUCUGUAGCCCACUGUUCUAUAGUGGAUCGAAAAUCAUCCAAGGCAGUUAUUCGAAUAGUAUACAGUGCGACACCCUACUCACAGGCGCUGACGGUUGUCGGCAGCGAUUUCGUCACAUCAAGCCCAACUAUUCGUCAGCAACAGCAACAUCUGCAGUCGACUCAACCGCAUAUUUUCAAACAUUAUGAUAUCGAAACUGAUCCCGUCACCGCUCAGGAAAUUGUUGAAAAGAUAAAUAACAUUCUCGAGGUUAAAUCAAGUCCCGUACGCCGAGAGUACAUUGCCAGUAGAAGUGGCCGAUAAAAGUAUCCUGGAUACCAAGCAUACCAAUCCCAAGUCCCUUGUAGAUAUACUCGCACGCUCAAUUCACAGCCUUUUUAAUACAGGUUAUUUAUUUCACUUUCAUUCCCCACUCGUUUUUACAAUAGAUACAUAGUUCCUGUUUAUUAUUUUUUCUGAAAGCGCCAAUAGUUAGGAUAAAAAAUGCAACAGCUCUUAUCAAUGCAAAGCAACAACCUGAAACACAGGCUUGUUGUCUGUCACAAUAUGAAAUUUUUACAAAUCUUAGGUAACUUGAAAGUGUUCACCAGUUUUAGGUUUAAAUUAAUAUUUAACAUGCAAACAAUAUAUGAUAACUAACGAGAAUCGUUAGUGCAACUAUCGAACAAGAGAUUACAAGGUAUAAACUCACAUCCAACCGUACUGACGUCAAGCAACUUAAGACAGAAACGAAACUGAAAUAGCCAAUACCAAUUUAGGAUAGUUUAGAAGUCAUCUCGGUUUAAAGAUGGGUCGCUAGAGAAACUUGAUGCAAAAGCCUGCACAUAUAAUUUAAAGGACUAUACUGCUUAAUACCCAAGUGUUCUUUUACCGAACAUCGCUCUUCACACUUCAAAAUGACUUACUGCUACAGCGUGAUAAUGGUGGCGAACAAACUGUUAGGUGAGCAAAUCUGUAUAGACGUGUAAAAACAUCAAACCUGUAAACUAGCUCUGUAAAUAUGAUUUUUCUUGAUUGGCAAAUAUUUUGACCGGGCAAUAAAACAAUUUGGAAACCGAUUUUAACUUUCAUAUUGCAUGGGGCAGUAUUGUGACUGUCAAUACAAUAAUAUAAAUAACUACUACAAAUACGUUAGUUUAUACGAUAUUUAUUACAGCUAUGAU